AUGGCGCCGACUCAACCUGAUGUUCACUUACAGAUUCCAGAGCACGAUGAGCUCCUUGAUGCUGUUGACAGCUUGAGGUCCCAGGGCAUCCAGCGCUAUAUCGAUCUCCCACAGCUGAUUGUCUGCGGUGAUCAGAGUGCGGGAAAAUCAAGUGUCUUGGAAGCUAUCUCGGGAGGUCUCCAUUUUCCGACUAAAGAUACUUUGUGCACGCGGUUCGCUACCGAACUCGUACUGAGAAGAGGCCCGACUUCACAAGUCAAGAUUACAAUCAUUCCAGACAAAACCCGCACAGAAGCAGAGCAAGAAACUCUGACAAGUUUUGUACCACCAACAACUUCCCUAGACCAGUUCCCACAAAUUGUUGAUGCUGCGGCAGUGGCAAUGGGCAUUGAUGGCGCUCGAAAAGCUUUCAGCAAAGACACCCUAAGGGUAGAGCUCUCAGGACCCACCCAACCUCAUUUGACACUUGUCGAUCUGCCUGGACUUUACCACGCUGGCGACAAACACCAAUCCGCCAUAGAUGCAAAACUCAUUUGCAAACUUGUGACGGAUUAUAUGGCAAAGGAGAGAAGUAUCAUCCUCGCUGUGGUCUCAGCCCAAAAUAAUUACAACAACCAAAUUGUGACGGAGUAUGCAAAGCUGCGGGACCCGCUCGGUGUUCGUACGCUGGGCAUCAUUACGAAGCCAGAUACGCUCGAUCCAGGUUCAAGCAUGCAAAAAUUUUACCAAGAGCUUGUGCAGAAAGAUGAUGGCAACUUCAAACUCGGUUGGCACAUGCUUCGGAACCGUGGUUAUAGCGACAGGGACUCUUCAACCGCUGAAAGAGACCUGGUAGAAGACGAAUUUUUCGAACAAGAAGAUUGGAAAGCGAUGCCCAAAGGAAGGGUUGGCAUCAAGGGUCUGCGCUCCCGACUCAGCAGAAUCCUCCUUUCACACAUAUCAAAGGAGCUUCCUCAACUAUUGUGCGACGUCGAGAGCGGAAUUGCACAUUGUCAGCAUCGGCUCGAGGAACUUGGUCAACCAAGGCACACAGUCGCCCUGCAACGAAAACACCUCCACGAUGCCCGUAAGAAAUUCAGCGACCUCGUCAAAGACUCUGUCAAUGGAGACUACUCGGACCCUUUCUUUCACGAUUCUCGCGAGGAAGUCGGCUAUAAGAGACGACUUCGAGCAGUAGUCCAGAAUGUCAUGCAAGAAUUCACAGAAGAGAUGCGCCUGAGGGGCCACACUGUCCGCCUGGUUGAUAACAAAUCAGACUUACAAGCCUUAAAGCAACACACCUACACAGAGAUUAGAACACGAGAGGAGUUUCUGGAAUAUGUCAAUAUCCGAAUGAAGAUCAACCGCGGGACGGAAUUGCCGGGAAUUUUCAACCCUGGCGUUAUUGGCGAGCUCUUUCGCCGCCAGUCCGAGCGCUGGGAGGAGAUUAUCCACCGCGCUCGAGAGAAGAUGCUACGUGCCACAGAAGAGACGAUCGAUCAUGCGCUUGGCCAUGUCACUGACCCCAGAACCGCGCAAGCCAUCCAGCUCUAUCUAGUUCAGCCGAGAAUGGACGAGAUACGUAAGGGACUCUACGAGAAGACGAACGAAGUACUCAGACCGCAUCAAGAGGACCGCCCCAUGACGCUCAAUCACUCGUUUAUCAAAGACCUCCAAAAGAGACGACGUCAGGAGACACGCAGAUUGAUGGCUGAGAAACUUGCCAACUUCUUCGACAAAGAUCCUGAAGGAGAAGGAGGCUCUGGCCCGGUCUAUAGUGGAGAAUUCAACAUGCGAGCCCUCCUUGACUCUCUUGUCACGCAGACGGAAAUCGACUUUGAUCGCUUCGCCUGUCUCGAAGCCACAAAUGCGAUGGAGGCAUACUACAAGGUCGCAUUGAAAACCAUCAUCGAUGCAUUCAACAUGUAUGCCGUUGAGGGCACCCUGUUGAAGCAGCUUCCCGAUCUUCUGCCCCGCGAGGUGGUGGAACAGCUGGAUGAAGACACCUUGGCGAAUGUAGCAGCAGAGUCGGCUGAAUGCAUCGCGGACCGAGUCGAACACGAACAGAAGCGCUCGACUCUGCAACAGUCGCUGAAGACGCUGCAAAGGCUGAAGAUCACAAAGAUUCCUGAACCCGACUCGGUGCAGAAACAAACACUCCCAAUGAGCCCAAAUGCUGGUGUCGAUUCCAGCAGCGCUUCUAUUGUCGAGCCCAACAUUCCAAAAGAAAGGGAGAGAGCAGCCAGCAAGGCCUCGACUUCUCACGACUCUGCUGUCGGUAUGGGCGAUGAGGAAGUCAAGGGAUAG